UAUUGAAAACUCAAUUGAAGAAUCAUUUUUUCUCUAGCUCUCACCUGAUUGUGCAUUUUUAGCACGCUCAAAUUCACAAUGAAAAAGGGUGAAUGAGCGCAGCAUUCUCUCUUCUAGAGGCUCUCAGUAUGAGACCACCAGGAUAGACACAUAUGUGUGUCCUCGUUUUUUUUUGUUUUUUGUUUUUUGUAGGCAUAGAAGAUGGGUAGUGCUGAUGGGUUCGGGCAAUUUCACAAGAAACCAUCUCAAAAGUGUUUCAGACUUGUCGAGCGGUGAAAAUUGACGGCUGUAAAGAAAUUACAGCAGUAGCGGUAAAAUGCACCUCUCUCUUUCCUUCUUCUCGGACCACCCUAGCUUUCCCGUUCUCUGUCCAGGCUCUUACAUUUGUUUCCCCCUCUCCAUCAUCUUGUUGAUAUUCGGCUAUUUUAGAGGUGGAGUACGUAAAUCAGGCACUGCUCUCACAAGUCUCGCAAUUUUUAAAUUUUUUGUUUAAGUCUUAGUUCUUUCCAUCACAUUUAUCUUUCUUGUUAGACGUUUAUUUUGUCAGGAUUUUACACCUCGUACCUCUCUUCAUCUCUCUCCCUCUGGUAGUGGAGGAUUUUGGCGCGACUCUGCGCGCACGGUAGCGUGCCUGAACGUCUGCGCUUCUCACUCUCAGAUCAACAUGAGCAAGUCACACAUUCCAGUAGAGAGAGGCAGAAUAUAUGCGUGUGUGAGAAGGAGUGAGCGGGGAAUCCGGAGAAAUACCUUAAUGGAUUAUUGGAUGGACCUGUUUGUCCUUUACGCAGAAGGAAUCUGAUUUUUAGACAAAAGCAAUGGAUUGAGUUUCAACUUGACCAUUAAUAGACGGGUUCUGUCACCGGUAAGACAGAAAGCCAACAUGGACGCCGGUAGUCUGAUACAACAUAUUGAACGAGAUGAAGAGACCACUUCGUGGCCAUUGUCGAUGACCACUGAGUGGUUGGAGGACGGGAACGAGACGACCUGGAAUCAGUUCCAACAGCCCGACUGGCAGGUGGCUCUCUGGGCUAUAGCGUACUCCCUCAUCAUCCUGGUGUCCAUCACUGGGAACGUCACAGUGAUCUGGAUUAUCCUCGCUCACAGGCGCAUGAGGACUGUGACCAAUUACUUCAUUGUCAACCUGGCUUUCUCUGACGUUUCCAUGGCGAGCUUUAACACCCUUUUUAACUUUGUUUAUGCGCUUCACAAUGACUGGUACUUUGGCUUGGGUUACUGCAGGUUUCAGAACUUCUUCCCCAUCACCGCCAUGUUUUCGUCCAUAUACUCAAUGGCUGCCAUUUCAGUGGACAGGUACAUGGCCAUCAUCCAUCCUCUGAAGCCCCGCCUCUCCUCCACCUCUACAAAGGUGGUGAUUGCCCUGAUAUGGAUUGUGGCAGUAUCACUGGCGUUUCCUCAGUGCUACUACAGUGUGACAAGAUUUUAUUACCCCAGAACUGUGUGUAUGGUUGACUGGCCUGAUGAUUAUGGAGGAACACAUCAACUAAGUUAUCAGUUUGCGGUUAUAUUGCUGAUCUACUUUCUUCCUCUGCUGGUGAUGCUGGUGACAUACACUAUAGUCGGCCGAUCGCUGUGGGGUGGGCACAUCCCUGGAGAGGCGUCAGACCAUUACCAUAGCCAGAUAAAUGCCAAGAGAAAGGUGGUGAAGAUGAUGGUUGUGGUGGUGGUGACGUUUGCCCUAUGCUGGCUGCCCUACCAUGUCUACUUCAUACUGGGAUCAUUUAACAGAGACAUUUAUAAGCAACAUUACAUUCAGCAGGUGUAUCUGGCCAUAUUCUGGCUGGCAAUGAGUUCAACUAUGUACAAUCCUAUUAUUUACUGCUGUCUAAACCAAAGGUUUCGCGCUGGUUUCCGUCAUGCCUUUGCUUGGUGUCCCUUCAUCAAAGUGUCAGAGGAGGACAAGAUGGAACUGCAGCACACACACACCUUCAGAGUCACCAUGACCCGCAGCCACCACAAUGACAUGUCAUCUAUUAGAACAAACACUACAUACGUCUCAAACACGCUUGCCAGCAGUGACCUGGUCACAGAGAGAGAUGCUCGCAGACACCUUAAGAAGAACACACGCAACUCGCAUCCGGUGAAGAAACUGGACGACACAAAAUCUCCAGCUGUGGCGCUUAUGGAGCACACCCAGUGAUCGCUGACAGACAUCAUGAUGAGGACAUUCUCAAAGGGAAGGCAGCAGGAUUUUUCUGAAUUGUGAAUAAAAACACUACAGCUGGUGGAGACAGAGGAAGCCCUGCGGAGUACUGGACAGAGUUAAUCAAACUAAGGCAUUCAUUCCUGUGGAUCAGGAACUUUGUAUAAUACACGAUGGAUGAAUGAAUGUGACUAUCAAGCUAUUGCAGCACAUGCAAAACAUUUAAUUAUGCCACUGAAACAUUUGUGGCUGUGUGUAGAUUAAUCCAACCUUGAUCUAUUUACACUGCUCCAAGAAAUUACGCGAACACUAAAAUAUGUUUUCAUCGUGGUCAGAUAACCUUUACUGAUAUACUUUGUGUAAUUAAAGUGAAGAAACCAAAAUCCUCACACCAAAGUCAAACAUAAAUUCACAGGCUGUUCCAGCUUGUGUCAUAAUGUGCCUCGGUAAUGUUUACUGGAUAUGUCUGGAUAUACUCCUGAUGAGAUACUGGAUAGUAUCCUGGAAGAUCUCCUCCCAGAUUUGUUUCAAGGCAUCAGUGAGUUACUUGACAAUCUAUUUGGCUAGUUGACAGUCAGUCUGAGGAUUUCUCUCUGGUAUCAUAUAGCAGUCAGGGUAUCACUGACCAAGCAGGUGGAGGUCUGUGCAAGCCUCCAAGGAUAUGCUUCCCCAGACUAUCACUGACCCACUGCCAAAAGGUCAUGUUUAUCAUGGCGUCCACAAUCUCUUUAAAAGCUGUCAUAUUUGCUCAGUGUGCACGGGUCUCACUAAAGGACAUAAGACCGUUGUAGGUCUAAUUCUAACAGUUUUGUCAGGGGCAUGCACAUCAGUAGCCUUAUUUUGUAGAGCUCUUGCAGUACUCCUCCUCACCCUCUUUAGAGCAAAGAAGCAGAUACUUGUCCUGCUGCUAGGUCGUUGCUUUUCUACAGCUCUGUCCAGCUCUCCUUGUGGCACAGCCUGUCUCCUCCUGGUAUCACCUCCACACUCUCGGGACUGUGCUGGGAUACACAGCAAACAUCUACUGGAGGAGGUGGACUACGUUUGCAUCCUAAAUGGGAUGCAGGUACAAUUUCAUGCAAAUAGUAGUGUCAAGGACGCUAGCAAAAAUUAAAACAAGAGAAAAGGGUUAAGGAAGGAGCAGUGGUCUGAGGCCACUUGAUGCUCCUCCAGUGCAGCGGCUGUGACUUUCAUCCGAACUGGACAGACUGAUUUCCCUGAAGCUGAACUGACUUUGUGUCAUAGUGUGAUGAUCAAGUGUUCCCUUCAUGCUUUUAGAAGUGUAUUCCACUCCAAAAGUGUCCUCCCCCCGUUGCCGUCCAGACCUCUACAUGCUCUCUUUCCUCCAUCUUGGACAUUCAAGUGUUACUGGAAACAUUUAACUGUGGUUACUGGUUUUCUUGUGCAGAGAACGGACAAACAGUCCAAACCCUUAAUAAUGUUGUUGUGUAGCGUCUUCAUUUGAUAUAAGGCUUUCUUUAACAAUUAAGCUAAAAUAGGUGUUUUAUUUAAUUUCUCUUCUAUAUUAACUCUCGAUAAUCAAAGUAAUUCACUCAUUCUUUAAGUUUGCUGGGAUUCAGAAUUGGCAGCAACAGCGUAGUUAGUCUUUUUAAUCUGGCUUUUACUCAUAUUGAUUACUCAUAAAACAUUCAGAGAUCAAUUAAAGCUCAAAGUGAUGUCAGAAAAUCGCCAGUAAAUACGCCUCCUUCUCCCAUUUUUGCCUUAAAUUAAUCAGUUGUCUGGUUUGCAUGUAUUUGUUGCUGUGCAGUUCUUUCCCCCUUCACACAUUUGUUACAUGGUGCACAUUAAUACAGUAUUUUUCCUCCUAUAUUGUGAGUUCACUGGAUAAAGUCUACAUUAAAAAUUCAAGUGCCGCUACUUAGUACAAUCAAAUGUGAAACAUAGUGAUGCUAUCUACUGAAGACAUUCAUGUAAAAUACCCAGAAGUAAAUAUGAAACUUGUGGUUGUCGCACAGUUAAGAGUCAGAAAAUGACGCUUUAAAUAUUGUAACCUGUGAGCAUUAGGUUUCAGGAUGAAGUAAAAACGUUUGAUUAUUGGAAACUUUUUGAUGUUUUAUGCACGGACUGUGGUUGUGUUAAGUGUCUUGUUGUCUAUACGAAGCAGGAUUUUUGUCGUCUGUGGCUGAAAUAAAAAAGUUUAAAUAAUGUGACAGUGCUAAUAAAGUUACAAUACAGGAAGUACUGACACACAUUUAUUUGUGCCCCAUCUAACGCCUGAAUUAUAACUGCUGUAGCUGUUAACAGAGCUCUAAGUGUGCAACUUCAGCACCGCAGGGUUGCUUUGACCUUUAGCUCACACUGAAUACAUUUGUAACACCACUGAAGAGAUUCACAACUACGUGAGUGCUAAAUGAUCAAUGCAGAAACAAAAACAAACCAACCACGACAUCAUGUUUACACAGGUUUGACUUUAUUAAGUGACUGAUUGGCGAUGUGGGACAGAUACAUCCUUUGUUAGCAGAAUCACACAGAUUCAAGCGUUUGUGUGCGACUGGACAUUCUGGGGUCAAUCUGAAGGCAGAGUAAAGGAGCUACCUGCCUUCUUUAAUCAUACAAUAUGACUAAAAGGUAGGAAAGGACAUUCUUUUAGCUCAGCUGGUAUUCAUUUGAAUAUUUAAAAAGGUGGCAUCUCAACCAUAUCCCGUCCUCCACGGGCACCACUGAUCUUACAAUAGAAUAUUUUCUUCUUGUGCUCUUUAAUUGCUUCAUAAUGAAUCUAAGCUGUCGUAACUUUGAGACUUUUUUCCCCCUUUUGCUUUUAACACAAUGAAAAUAAAUAUCAAUUUGCAUAAGUUAUACUACAUGAAUGAGCCUGACAGUAGUUACCUUAGACAUCCUCCUGAGCUUUUAGGAGCACAUGGUGAUAUUAAAGGGGCGAGUAGAGUACGUGCUUUUAUUAUUGGCCAACAUGUUAAAACUCUUUUAAAAGUUCUGUAAUGUUCAUGUGAGUUUAUACACACUAUGGCUGCUGUUGUUAUUCCCCUGGCAUCCGCGUUAGCACCACAUUUCUGUUUCAUAAUUAAAUAGCUGUUAAGGUAUCAUCAUGGUGAUGAGGUUAGCCAGGACUUCUUAAGAAAUGAACACACUAACAGCAGCUGUGACUGGUACCAACAACAGGACACAUAGUUUACACUACAGACAAUAAAAAGAUACUGCUCUCUGAGAUAAGACCAGUGGUUCUCAAACCGUGGAGCAGGGAGCAACUGCAGGUGGGCCGGAGAGGACCAGAGGAGAAAUGUUUUUAGGAAACAUAAACAGAACAAAGAACAGGAUGGAAUGAACUUUAAAUGCUAAAAGAUGUGUGGGCGUUGACUUUGAGCACCACUUGCUUCUCUAAAUCUGCCACUGCAGAAGUCCCUCUUCUGUCAUGCUUGAGCACAUAAAUACAGGACAGGUACCAUGUGAGGGAACUUCUUCGCUGGCUUCCUAUGUGUGCAUCAUAUUUUGCAACAGUAACAUUUUUCUUCAACAUCUCCCGAUAUAUAAAAAUACAAUAAAUAACAACAAUGUAUUUAUAACAUUGUUUUAUAUGUGGGUAAGAUAUCAAAUACCAAAAAAAAGCAAUAAAAUAAAAUAAAGAAAAGAAAAGAAGAAAAAAAAAAGAUUCCCUUUCAUCUCAGUACACAUUUAUAUAUCGCAUCCCUUUCAUGCUUUCCUGUACAUACGCGCGUAAUCUACAGCAGACACACAGACUUUGGUCUAAAAGAGCGUUUUUAUUUUUUCUGUUUCUACUGAACAAGUUAAAAGAAUCAAUCUGCGAUGUUUCUCUGCAACUGGUGUGCUGACCUGCAACUUAUAACAGAAUGCAGUUACCAGAGAAUUCCUCCAGAUGGAGACAAAGGGGGUUUACAGGCAUGCGACUGUCCUGCAUUAAAAAAAAAAAAGACAAAGGGCUACUUGUGCGUGUUUUAUCCACAGAAAUU